AUGCCCUUACUGGCUGCGGCUGCGGCGGGAGGACGCCGGCGUCUCGUCGAUCUGUGCGCAACGGCUCCCACGGCGUUCAACUGGCAGGAGCCGCUGGGACAGAACGGCAUCCCACCAUGGUCAUCAUUGCCAAGUGAGACAAAAAACCAGGUGUUGUUCGGCGCCUCCUUCUUGGCGUUCCUAUUGGUUUGCUUGGGUGUCUGCUGCCUCUUCUGCCGCAAGGACAAGGACGACGAGCAGGAUACCAGCUGGUUUGUUCUUGGACUGUGGAGCAACAGCGACGACGGUGAAGCUGUCAGCGCUCCACCGCCGCCACUGCAGGAGCAGCAACCGCUGCCCGCAAGCGCAGCCGCCAGCCGUGGCAGAGAGGUGCCCGCGGCCGACGUGGAGGUAGCGCUGGGCGAGGUGCAGUUGACGCAGGCCGGCGUGGAGUGGAUGCUGGAAAACAUGGAGUUGCUGGCGCCGGCGGCGGACGUGGACAUGGCGCCAGCGGCUGACGUGGAGAUUGCGCCAGCACCGGAGCCGGCGCCAACGCUCAAGUGCACGUUCAGUACGGCGGAGGGUGGACCGGGGACGUGCUCCGUGUGCCUGUCGGAGCUGGUCGACGGCGAGAAGGUGAGGGUGCUGACAGCGUGCAUGCACUACUUCCACGCCACCUGCAUAGAGACGUCGCUGCGCGGGAACGCCACCUGCCCACUCUGCCGCGCCCGGCAGACCCAAACCUGGGCCUAG